AUUGGCCCAAACCACCAUCAAUCUGUCCAUUUCCACAUCCCCUCCUCAAGUUUGAAACUUUUUUUCUUUUUUCUUUUUUUUCACAAGUGGGAGGAAUCUGGUUACAACAAACUCUUGUAACCGAUCUCACAGCAGCAGCGACAGCAGGAGCCGAGGGAAGAAAACACUCAAUAAUUCACACAUCAAUGCCUGGUACACGAGCAAAAAAAAGGAGCAACUAGGAGAGGAAGUUUGUUGUUUCUUUCUUUUUUAAAACAGAACAAACAAAACAAGGAGAACAUGCUGUGAAGCGACUGUUCCCUGCGCUGCUGCCAGGAUGGAGACCUGAGACCUGGUUUUUUGAAUUCAGAUUAAACUGAUCAUCUCGUUGGCCGAUCACUGCGGAGAGGAAGAAGACUUUGACCAUGGACUCCUUCAGCACAAAGAACCUAGCCCUGCAGGCGCAGAAGAAGCUGAUGAGCAAGAUGGCCACCAAAAGCAUGGCCAACCUCUUCAUCGACGACACCAGCAGCGAACUACUGGACGAGCUGUACCGAGUCACCAAGGAAUACACCCGCAACCGCAAAGAGUCGCAGAAGAUCAUCAAGAACUUGAUCAAGGUUGUGGUGAAGCUGGGAGUGCUCUACAGAAACAACCAGUUCAACAGUGAGGAGCUGCUCCUGGUGGAGAACUUCAGGAAGAAAGUCCACACUUUAGCCAUGACGGCGGUCAGUUUCCACCAGAUCGAGUUCACCUUUGACCGCCGCGUCAUGAGCGCCAUUUUGAACGAGUGCCGCGAACUGCUGCACCAGGCCAUCAGACGCCACCUGACGGCCAAGAGCCACUCGAGAGUCAACCAUGUCUUCAAUCAUUUUGCCGACUGUGACUUCCUGGCCGCUCUCUACGGGCCGUCGGAGGUUUAUCGCGCUCACCUGCAGAGAAUCUGUAACGGGGUCAACAAGAUGCUCGAUGAUGGGAACCUCUGACCUCGGUUUGCCUCAUCAUCAGGCACCUUUACCUCCAGUCACCCCUCAUGUAUUUCGUAGGAUUUCUUUUUUUAAAGGUGACAAUCAUGAACAUUUUUAUUUGAUUUUGUUUUCCUUUUGUUGGUUUGUGUUUGUGUGUGCCGUUCAGAUAUUACUGUAACACUGGCAUUUUUUUGGCUAGUUAGUCCAAAGUCUGUGUCUUCACCAGCCUGACUUUCUGUUAUUUCACAGCUAACAAAACUCAGCAUUUACUCUGUUUUCUUUUUCAAAAUGAAUGUAAAACGUCAUGCUCUUCAGUAUAUUCCGCUGUAGGAACCUUGACAAUUGUGCCUUGAAAAAGCUCAUCAGUUUCAUUCCGAGGGUGCUGUCCUGGCUCUUUUACCUAAUCAAAAAGACAUGAAUGCAGGCACAGGCCUCUAGCUUACUCUCUGUUGGGUGCCUUUUUAAUGGGCGACAAUGUUUCCGGGUGCAUCAGCAGAGGAAAGAAAGUGAAUUUUCAUCUUUUCCAAAUACCUAAGGAAAUAAAGUGUUUUUGUUUUUUUUUGUUUUUUGUUUUUCUCAAAGUAAUAUUGCACUCACUCGUGAACAAGCGCUGUAAUGUACUUUCCUACAGAAGUGUGACUAUGUGAAGCAUGGCGGUUAAAUCCUGCUUAGGCUAGUGUUUUCAAGCUCUCGCCAUCAUGCACUGAACUCAACUUUGUAGAGAGGCAAGGCCGUUGUUUAGAAGGCACCUAUAAACCCAGUUUCCCCUCGUUACAGUCUGGUUUAUAGCUGCCGAAACAAAGUUCACAAACAAAGACGUAUUUAGGUCGAGAAGACCAUAAACAUGAAGGAAUUUGUGCUGUGUGUCUUCGAUUGUCCCUGCACUGACCGGUAUGUCUCGUUGAGUCCAUGUUCAGACGCUCCUCGACUGCUCUUCACAACCUCACAUUUGUGUCGAUAAAAAAUACCAUCUUCACAGUGAGGGAGCAGCACACUGAUGCACCAGGUGCAAAGGUUGCUCUGGCAUUUUAUCAGACGGGGGACUAAAGCACUAUAAUGACAGAUGUUGGAGCCUGAGGUCAGCUGGGUUUCACAUCUGUGCUUUUAUUUUUUUUUCCCCUUGCCUCAGGUUCACCCUAAAAGCACUAAAUUCUGGUUUGAAAUCUGACGGAUAUGAAGUACAAAUACUCCCCAUGAGCAGUCGGAUGAAAGACUGGACAAAAAGGCAGCUUGGUUUCUAUGAGAGAGGCCAGACAGUGUGCAGUUAUUAGAGCAGAGACAAACGCAGCACCUGAUUGUACUCUCUCCCUCUGCAAUUAUAGAGCUCUACUCUGUGGCUAUAUAAUGGCCUGUAGUGCCUGCCUCUGUCGGUUAGUCACUCCAUUUCACCACACAGCAGCCUCAUGUAAAGUGAUGGAGAUAACCAUCUCUGUGCGACAUACGUCCUUUUAAUGGAGUGAAAGAUUUGGGAUUUCUUCCUUAUAAAGACUCGUAUGAAUAGUCACUUUUAAUGCUCUCCAACCUCACAUAAUGGCUCUCUUCUUGUCUCUACCUUUGCGUCUUUGCCUUUGUAUCAUUGAGCCUGUGUGGGAGAGUGUUUUGUGCCGCGGCCUCAUUUUGUAUUCUGUGUGUGUGUGUUUGUGCGAGUGUAUCCGUGUGCAUACCUGUGAGAGAAUUGGAAAUUGAGCCGUGUAAUAAGCACUGUGCUUUUCCAGAUAGGAUUGCUGAAACUUCAGCUUCAUCCACAGCAACUCUGCCAAAGAAAAUAUGACUGAUGUUACUCAAAAUGUAGUUGUAUUAUCCCGGAGAACACUUCAGAAAACAGAAUGCACUUGAUUCUUAUAGCCCUGCUAAUCCUGAUCAAUGAAGACAAAUGUGAUUGAAAAUUGUGAAAUUGUGCUUUCAGCCUUUUUUUUUGUUGAUGUUAAAUUCAUCUUUUCAUUUUCUUAGCAGACAUUAUCGAGUAUGUGACUCUGACUGGACCAUUUUUUGAGGGCUUUGAGCUAAAUCCUUUUCCUUAAGUCCCUGUAAACAGUUGACUUUAAUUGUCUUUGGAUGCCAUUUUCUUGAAUCCCUCCACAUCUCAGGGUUGGUUUAAUUCUCCCCCAUUUAAAAUCCAUGACAAUUGAAAGAUUAGGGAACUCCGGCAACAGCCUCACUUAUUUUACUUUUCUCCAAAUGAAGCAAACUUUUCACGUUGCAUUUUUACUUUUGUGAAGUUUUUACUUUCACUUAUGUACAUAUGAUUGUUUUGUGUCUCUGUAUUGUAUCCAUUCACAGCAAAUAUAAUACAAUUUACUUUUUUAAAACAAUAGA